AGAAGGUUAUUUCUAAGUUCCCCACUACUGCCUGGACUACACAUCCCUACAAUCUUCUGAUUAAUCCCCUCUAAUCACAGGUUAGGGGAAUCAGUGUCAGUGAUGAGGCUCCUGCCCAUUCUUCUACUCUGCUGUCAUUGUCUCCUAGGCUCUGCCACCGUUAUUGAUGCCGACUGUAAUGACCAAACUGUGUUCAAUGCGGUAGAUGAGGCUCUGAAGUCCUUCAAUAAUGAAAAAGAAGAUGGGAACCAGUUUAUUUUAUACAGAAUUACCGACGCCAAAAUAAAGAAUGAAGGAGAUGGUCAAAUUCAUCAUUUUGUUGAGUAUGAAACAUAUGAAAGUUCCUGUGAAGUGAAGAGCGGCAAAUCAUGGCAGGAGUGUGCUCCAACUUAUGCAAAUCAAGCUAAGUGUUCAGCACAUGUUCUAUUCAACAAAGAUCUGAAACUCAGAAGUGUGGAGUCUCAAAAUUGCAGCAGUCCUAAAGAGAUGCCUGAGACAGCUGUUCACCGUCCGUGCCAUCCGUCCAUAGAUAAAGAAAAUAAGGAGCUGCUGUGUUUCAUUCAUUCAACUAUAGAGAAAAUAAACACGGAUUCAAAUCAUCCAUUCUACUUCGAUUUGGAGUCUAUUGGGAAUGCCACACGCCAGGUGAUUAAUGGAUGGCAAUAUAACAUCCAAUUUCUUAUAAGGCAAACAAACUGCUCAAAAAUUAAUUUUACAACCAAAAAUGCUAAGGAAUGCAAAAUAGACAACAAAGGGGAAUCCUUUCCAUGCACUGCCCUGGUGUGGUUGACUUCAGAUGGAAAUGUUUAUUAUUAUUUUGUGAUGUGCAAAAAAUCAGACACUGGAGUCUGUUUGAAUUGCCCAGUGGUGGUAGAGCCUGAGGAUCCUGAGCUACUGACAUUAUUAGCCCAAGUCAUGGAUGAAUACAACUUCAAUAGCGAUCACAAGGAACUUUAUAAGGUCAGAUUGGUAAAAAAAGCUACUAAAAAGGGUUUUCAUAGAGAGUUAUACGAGGUAAAUUUUAGAAUAAAACCAACCAACUGUUCCAAGCCUGACUAUUCCAUUUUGGGAGAUGAAUGUCACAUCCAAGCGUCUGUCCUGAAAGAAGAAGCAAGAAGAGGAUGCCGGCUGCGCAAUCAACAGUCUGGCAUGGAUUGUACAACUCAGAUAAACGUUACAGAUAAGACAGUCAGUGUUCAUUCAGGACUUCAGUGUGGGCCAAUGAUGCUGACGCUUUCUUUAGGUGAUAGUUAUAGUGGCCUGUCCCCUCUACGCUUUAGUCGUAACAUUAAGCACGAAGAGAAUAAGACUAACAGCCUGUCAAAAUGUAUCAAUCUUGUUGAAAGAACCAAUCAACCAAGACAAAGGCGACAUGGGCAUAAUAAUAGAAAAGAACAUAAACAAGACAAAAAAGGGAUGAAAAACGAUAAAGAAAAGAGUGGGCAGAAAUAUCCACAUCAAGACUCUUUAGAAGAAAACAAAAAUGAAGUCACUCCUGCUCCUCCUCUGCACCUAACUACACCAGCCAUUCAAACGCCUGCUGUCCUUAAAGUACCUGAUGUGUCCAACAGUCAGGAAACUUCACCAAAUACUAAUAAAACAUCUGUGCUAGAUUUUCCAGGACGUCCCACUGAUGUUGUCCCAAGAUGUCCUGGAACAGUGUGGCAGCCAAAAAGCCCGAUUCCUAGCAUUCCUGCAGCUAAAACAUAUAGCAAUGGUGAUUUAACUCCACUAAAUCAAGUUAUACAAGAAAAUUAGCUCAUCACCUCAGAUUAAAACCCAUUUUUUUUAUGAUGAAAAUAAAAAAAUGUGUUAAAUUAAAAAAAAAUAAAAAAUUUCAACAUGCAUGCAAGCAGAAA